GUUCUAGAUUAGGUUUUUGUACAAUCAGUCCAUUUAUGUAACCGGGUCUGUCAGGCCCAUAUUAGAGGCCCAGACUCGAAUUUUCCCUAUAUAUACUCCUUUAGGAGGCUACACAACUCAUACAAUCAAUAUUCAUUCUAUACACUAUUCGUCUUCUUCUUCAUCAUUUCUUCUCCACUCUAGUUCAAACUCUCACUAGCUAUAGGAUAUGGGUAUCAAUUAUCCAACAAUGGUGCUCUCGUUGAGAGGUUUGAACACAUCAAGUGAGAAAAUCUCCCAAAAAGUACAACAAAAAUCAUCCAAGUCACAAAAGUUCUGGAAAAUCAAAAGAGAAAAAAAGGGUGAAAAAUGAAUCUGCAUUCUGGGGAAUUGGAGCAGCAAGAACCACCCACUGCCUUGGGUACGGCUCCAGAUUUCAGACCUCGUCUUCCGUCAUCCGCCGCUAAGACGCCAACAUCCAUUUCGCACCACCAUACUAGACUGCUUGAGGAGUCGGCUGGGCUCGUUUCGGUGGUCAAACGGAGGGCUCGUUCCAGAGAUCCGGCCUCGCCAGAAGUGACCCGAGCAGCAGAGGUUCCGACGAAUCCUCUUCCACUCUCCAGCGAGAGCUGUGAUGAGGGGCGAUGGUGCUUCCAGACCAUUUCCGACCUGUCCCAGACCUGGCCGGAGCAACCGUCACCGAGCCGCCGUGUCUCAGGGGGUCACCGCAAACCCUUAUGGUCUCGCAUCGCCGCCACCGGCAGGCCACCGAUGCCACAAAUCUCGCCAGCCAGAGGGGAUCUGCAACUUCUAGAUUUGGAAAUGCUAACCUCACAGGCUGAGCUCGACCGGACUUCGGCGAACAGCGACGGCGUCCGCAGCCCACUCUGAUCUCCACCUUUGUCGUGACAUCGUCACUCACCACUCCUCUCUGUCGUCCCAGCUCGCAACUAUGUGCCAGAGAGCUGUCCUGGCUCGUUCCAGUUGUUGGGUACUUGGGUAAAGGGUCCUUCAAGCUGCACAAGGUUGUGUCACGCAAUUGUAGCCCUGCUGGAAGCGACCCAAGCAAGGGCAGUUCCGGCGAACCCCGGAGCAUUGCAGGGCAGCAACGGACAUUGAGGGGUUCUCUCCCCCUGUCCGACCGGGACCUCCCUUCCUCUCCAUCAGUGACGCUGACUAUUCUCGGUCUUAGGAACAGCAACUCCGACCACAUAACCCUCGUGUCGUGCAGUGGGGAUGGCCAAAACACCCUCCUCUCCGGAAGCUCUGUCAGCAAAAGCUUGGGUAGGGUGUUGGGCGAGCUAGCUGUACCGCCUGUACUUGGUCAACAAGAAAGGCUAUUGCUAGGGCUUAAUUCUUGGGUGAGGACGACUCCAAGCUCAAAUUUGACUCUCAUCCAUUAAAUUGGGCCACAAUUUCAGCAAAGCAGCCCAAUAUUUCAGCCCAUCAAAAGAUAAGUACUCUUUAAUUUUCAUAUUAUUUACGGAGUAUAUUUAUUUAAAUCAUUUUUUUUAUCGGGCGAAUUUCAAACCAUCAUACAAUUAUGAUCAAAUGCCUAGUAGACUGUGGCUUGAGACCCAUCACUAGGAUUUAAAGCCCUGACUCUCAGGCACAAAGUCCUGACCAAGUCAGGCACAAAGCCCCGACCAAGUCGGGCAUGAAGACCGGUCUUAGUCAUUCCAAGAAUGGCGACCGUUGCGUACGAAUGGCUCACGCAUCCACUCUACUAAGUAUUUUAUCAUUACAUCGACAAUUCACAUUUCCGCUUUUUUCAAGUGACGAACUCCCGAUCGGAAACAUAAACCCCAAGGAAAAAUUUUAUAUGCAUUUUAAAUGUGUAGGUACGAAAAUGAAUUUACUCAUUUUUAACCUCGUUUCCACUCGCCUCAAGGAGUGGGGGACUGGGGGAUUGAGAGGUCAGAUUUUCUGGAUGAGCAGCAGAUAUCACGCAUGAGCAGGAACGAGAGCUAAGACAGGUUGAGCUACACAAAAGUGAUCAUGCUGGAGGGGGCCUACCUUCCUUGUUUCAUGUUGGGGGCGUUAGGUGUACUCUUUUUCCCUUUGUUAGGAUUUUUUCCCAGUGGGUUUUUUCCUAGUAAAGGUUUUUAACGAGGCACCUCCCCAUCAUGGACAAGGGUGGUGGUCCUCGGCCGGAGAGGAAGGAAUCAAAGACAGAAGAACAUUGCAGAUACAGUUUGGACUACUCCCUUUCGCCUCGAGUACUCUCGACUCAGAGAGUGGGGGACUCCUGAUGGAAUAUAUGGACUCCGACCCCCCGGUCUGCCGACUACUGGGCCUGGACAGCGGCCCACACACGUUUAGCAGAUAUCAUUCAUAUUAUUGUACAUUAUUAUUGUUAUUCAGAUGUUCUAGAUUAGCUUUUUAUACUAUCAGUCCAUUUAUGUAACCGGGUCUGUCAGGCCCAUAUUAGAGGCCCAGACCCGGAUUUUCCCUAUAUAUACUCCUUUAGGAGGCUACACACAAUUCAUAUUCAUACACAAUACUACUUCUUCUCCUUCUUUCCUGUUCAAUCUCUCCUUUUCAUACAAUAUGUAUAUCAAUUAUCCAACACUUAAAUAUCGUUAC